AGAACGCAAACAGACAGUUAAAUGCUUUGUAUUCAUUGUAAAUUCAAUAACUUUGGAAAUAAUGUAUCGUUAUAAAAUCUGUUUGUUUUAUGAUUUAUUUUAAAUCUUGCUUUAAAUCUACAUAUCGGCUGGGAAUUUCUAACUUGAGAGCUUGGUUCGUGAAUUUACCCAGUGAAAACUGUCGGUCAGUAAGUAACCCCCACAAAAAGCUCGUUGUUUUCAGGAAUGUUGCAUAUGUAAAAUGUACAGCUUUCCUUUGUGAAGGACUGACAUCAUGAUCUUUCUCAAAUCUUCAACCCAACUAGCCCAGCUCUCCUGGAAGAUAAUUUUUCCUGGAUCGUGCUUCCCAAGUUUUUCAAAGCAGUGCCAUUGGAGAUGGAAGCAGGCAAUUCCUGUGUCCUUCUCUUCAUACACAGUUUAUAUGAAUGGAGCAUUUCAUACACAAAGACAUUGUCAAAUUCUACAGUCUGAGAUGCACACUCUGACAAGCUGGAGAAGACAGUUCAGCUUGUCAGCAGCUGGCAUUGUGAACUCAGCACCAGUGUCUGUGCAGCCUUACCUCAGACUUAUGAGGCUAGACAAACCUAUUGGAACAUGGCUGUUGUACCUACCUUGCACUUGGAGCAUUGCGCUAGCAGCAGACCCUGGCUGUCUCCCAGACCUCUUCAUGCUGGCACUGUUUGGUACUGGAGCACUUAUGAUGAGGGGUGCUGGCUGUACUAUUAAUGACAUGUGGGACAAGGACUUUGAUAAGAAGGUUUCCCGGACUGUUAGUCGCCCUAUUGCCUCAGGAGAGAUCACCCAGCUGCAGGCCUUCAUGUUCCUGGGGGCGCAGCUCAGUGCAGCUCUAGGCAUCCUUCUUUGCUUGAAUUUCUACAGUAUUGCCCUUGGAGCUGCAUCAUUGUCUCUGGUUGUCACUUACCCUUUAAUGAAGAGAAUUACAUAUUGGCCACAGCUCGUACUGGGCCUUACAUUUAACUGGGGAGCCCUGCUAGGGUGGUCUGCUGUGAUGGGCUCCUGUGAUUGGUCAGUUUGCCUACCUCUUUAUUUUUCUGGAGUUAUGUGGACUUUAAUAUACGACACUGUCUAUGCCCAUCAGGACAAAGCUGAUGAUAUUCUUGUGGGUGUGAAAUCCACUGCCCUCUGUUUCCAAGAGCAGACAAAGCCAUGGCUGACUGGGUUCUCUGUGGCCAUGUUGUCAGGACUUAUUCUGACUGGCAUAAACUCACACCAGACCUUACCCUAUUAUGGAGCGCUUUCUGUGGUUGCCAUUCAUCUAGUGUAUCAGGUUUACUCACUGGAUAUCAAUAAGCCCGAAGACUGCUGGGAGAAAUUUGAAUCUAAUCGUAAUCUUGGACUUCUGUUGUUUUUAGGAAUAGUUCUUGGAAAUCUCUGGAAAACCAAGAAUAAUUCAGAUGAACAAGAAAAAAAACUAAAACCUGAAAAUGAUCCAUUAAAAUAAAUUCAGGGAUUUAAAAUGUAUAUGUACUUAUUGUACUGUCAUGCUCCUUAACUGUGUAAAUUAAUUAACAUUUGGAAUGUAUGUUUUAUAAUUUUGAUCUAUAUAUAUAUAGUUCUUAAAUUUAUAGCCUAGAACAUUUGAAAUAAUUUAAACAAAUAAACUCCAGGCUUAGUCCAUAGAUCAGCCUAAACUAAAUAUUGAUUGUUAGGAUUGUGAUAUACAUUCUGUAUUUUAGAGAAGUGUGAUUGCAGAGUUAAUAUUAGUUUAUUUUUAUUUGAAUUACUGUUAUUUUUUCCAGUUAACUUGUCGUGGAUAAUUAUAAAUUACUUCCAAGCAACUGUAAGAAAUAUUGUAAAAGAAUUUAGGAUAUUUUUUAUAUAUUAUUAUAUUGAAAAAGAGAAGUAUUGAAAAAUCUAAUUUGCAGCAUGCUUUUUUGUUUUUAAAUCACUCACUUAGGAAGAUAAAGGAGUUUAUUGCCAUAUGUACAUGUACAUUGGAAUU